AUGGCUGCCCUCGUAGCUGGCCAGGGCCCCCCGGCACGAUUCUUCAUCCAGGUUAACACACCGGGCUUCCCGCCAUACCUCCUUGGACCAGCACCGCUGCCACCAUCUUCAUCCCCGUCGGGGGCAAGCACGUCGUCUUUAUCGGAAACGAGCAGCUCCGAAGCAGGCGCAGUCUGUACCAGCCUGAGCACAGCGUAUCUGGUCAGCACUGUGGUAGCCACGACUACGCAGUACGGCUCCGCUGCUACGUCCUACGCCACCGAGACCGUCUUCGUCACAAGCACCGCAAUCGAGACGACGGCCUCCGUGUCCUCCUCGCUCACUCCGGCCGGCUUAGUACCCCUCAACAGAAAUGUUGCUCAGGGCCGGCGUGGCAUGCCCAAGGCUCGCGAUGUCUCUUCGUGUACAUCUACGACGACCCUGACAACGACAGUCGUCAGCACCGCGACCGAGACGAGCACCGUCGAGGCAGACGAUUCCGUCACCACAACCACAAUCACCGCGACCUCGACGGUCCUCCAGCAACCCGCCGCCAGCACCGAGUCCGUGGUCGCCAGCAACGACAUCACCAGCACCAGGACCAUAGUUACAACGUCCUUCACCACGGCCACGGAGACGGAGCAGCCCGAGGCUCCGGCGUCGACAGUCUACGCGCAGUGCUCGGAGAACAACAUGCUAGACGUUGGUUAUAUUAAUGGAAAUCCAAGCGGUUACCAACGAGUACCAGUCUGGGCGGAUUCGGCCGAGAGCUGCUGCUUGGCAUGUGCAAUGACUCCAAACUGCGCCGGCAGCGCCUACAUGCAAAUCUACUCGACGUGCGAAAACAUAAUUGCUGACACCUGCGCCCCGAAUCAGCCGCACUUUUCCUAUGUACUGACUAAUUUUGAGUACUACACGCUUAGCAAUGGAGCCUGUGGGCGGUUUUUCGAGACUGUCUAA